UUAAAUACAUUUACCCAUUUAAAAAAACUGGAACACUUAACCAUUUCCAGUCUAGCUUCAAUCAAUAAACAUUUAUUAAAUGUCUGUAGAAGAAUUGAUAUAAUCAGUAGCUCAAGUGAUUAAGUAUCUAGAAAUUAAAGCCCUGAGUGGAAGUAUAUUGUUUACCUGGUCCAUUUAUUGGGGGGAGGGGAGACGCCACUCUGCUUAGAAUUCUAUGGGAUCCUAAAAACUAACUACCUCCCCUCUACCACACACACACGUUUCUUGAGACACAAAAGACCUGAAAGAUCAUCUAGUCACUUCUCUCUCAGAAUUUUAUUCAAGUAGUAGUGGAGGCACAAUUACAUAUAAGUAUGAUUAAAAAGCAUAACUAUAGUCAUAAUCAAUAACAACUGUGAAUAGAAUUAAAGCAUUCUAUAAUGAGACCUUCUAACAACUUGGUAAGAUGACAGUGGAAAGAAUGUGGAAUUUGGAAUCAUUGGACUUGGAAUUCUAAAUCAGGAUCUGCUAUUUACUCCCUGUGUCAUUCCAGGUUCAUUACUUGAUCUCUCAGGGCCUCAGUUUCAUUAUCCAAUAAUUAAAACAGAACUAUAUCAUUUCUAAGGACAAAAUAUAGAACUACAUUUUUUCUUUAAAAUAUUAAAUGUUUUUAUCCUAAAAAGGAGGGAUCAGCAUAACCAUCCAUAUUUUAGAAAAAAGGGACCUAUAUCAAAUUGACAGUGUAACAUUACAUGGAAAUCUUUUUUUAUAGCUUUCUUUGUAACAGUUGCUUGCAUACUGUUUCCAGGUACUUUAUGCUUGCAUAGUGUUUUGAGUUUAAAAAAAAAAAAAAAAGUCAGCCUUGAGCUUUGAAACUGUUAAGAUAAAGUAACUUUGUAUACUUGUAUGUAACUAUUGAAACUAUACAGUACCAAACUUCCCUGGGUUUCCUUGUUUAACACCCAAGGAAUAGAAAAGUGGGUUUUUAACCCACUUAGUCUAAUAUUAUUUCUUUAGUUAUCUUUGAAUUUCUUACUAAAAUGAUAAUGAUGAUACCCUUGACUUGGGAAUAGAGAAAACAGGUAAUUUUGAAUGUGGUACUAAAACAAAAUAAAAAAGACUAAUUGUCUUGGGUUAACUAGCAUUUUAUUGUCUCCUGUGUGCCAAGUACAGUGUUAAGUAUUGGAGAUACAAAGAAAAGCAAAAAUAGUCCCUUAAGGAGUAGUCAAAUUCCAGUGGGGGCUUUGGGGAAGGAAGCAUGAGAAGAAAAUCUGAAUAAAAUAAAAAUAUUCUCAAAGAGAAGUCACUUGUUUGAUCAAGAAAAACUUUCUGCAGGAGGUGGGAUUUUAGCUGAGAUUUGAAGAAAGCAAGGGGAGGCGUGAGGCAAACAUGAGAAAGGACAGCAAUCCAGGUAAAGGGUGAAAAAGGCCCAGAGUUGGAAAAUGAAACAAAAUAUGCUAAGAACAUCAAGAAGGGAAAUGUGAUUGGAUCAUAGAUUACUUGAUAAAGUAUAAGAAGAGUGAAAAAAUUGGAAAGGGUCAGGGUAUGAGGAGAUUUAAAAGCCCAAACACAGGAUUAUAUAUUUUUUUUCUUGGAGGUAUUAGGAAGAAAAUGAAUAGAGUGGGUUGAGUGAUAUGAUCAGAUCUGCACUUUGGGAAGGUCAUUUUGAUUAUUGAAUGGAGGAUGGAUUGGAGAAGGGAGAGCCUUAAGCAGAGAGACCUACCAGUAAGCUAUUUCAAUAGCCCAGAAAUGAGAUAAUAAGAGCCAGUGGUGGUUGUGUGUUUUAGAGAGAAGGACAUGUACAUGAGGGAUGUUAAGAAGAUAGAAUUGACAGAACAGAUUAGAUAUGUAGGAUGAGAGAAAAGGGAGAGUUGAGGGUGACAUCUUGGUUGUUAAGCUUGGAUACCUGGAAGUAUAAAAAUGUUAUCCACAAUAAUAUGGAAGUUAAAAAGAGAUGAGGGUUUUGAAAGAUAAUACAUUCUGCCUUGUAAAUGCUGAGUUUGAAAUAUAUAAAGGGUAUUCUGUUGGAGUGGUAUAAUAGGCAGUUGGGUAUGAAAUUAAAGGUGGUGAGAAGAUUUGGUGCUCAAUAAAUAGAACUCAAUAAAAAUCAUUUACCUAGAGAUGAUAAUUGAAUCCAUAAGUUCUGAGACCACCAAGUUAAAUAAUAUAAAGGGAGAAAAGUGAGUUAAGGAUAGAGCUUUGCUUAUCCUCCAUGGUCUAGACUCAGGAGUCCUCAAACUAUGGCAGAGGGCCAGAUGCGGCAGCUGAGGAUGUUUAUCCCCUUCACCCAGGACUAUGAAGUUUCUUUAUUUAAAGGCCCACAAAAUAAAGUUUUGCUUUUUACUAUAAUCCGGCCCUCCAACAGUCUGAGGGACAGAGGCCCCCUAUUUAAAAAGUUUGAGGACCCCUGGAUAAUGAUCUAGCAAAGGAGUCUGAGAAGGAAGUGGUGAGAAAGGAAGGAAGAGGACCAGAAGGUGUCAGUAUGGGUAUGGAAAUCCUAGAGAGAAGGGAGUAGUUGACAGUGUCACAAAAAUGGAAGAAGUCAAGAAAGGUGAAAGUUGAGAAAAGUUCAUUAGGUUCAUCAAUUAAGAGAUUAAGAAUAACUUUGGAGAGAGCAGGUUCAAUUUGGAACAGGUAUCAUGAAUGGUAAUAGAGAAGAAAUAUUAGAGUUCUAGAACGGAUCUUCAAUCAGUGUUGACUUAAGCUAGGAAAAACCUGCUGAACCUGAAGGCAGGAGAAACCUAUUUUAAUUACAUUAAAUAGUGUCACAUUAAUGAUGACAUUAUGGGCCAGAAUACAAUCUGUAAAUUGAAGGAACUGGAUUAAAAUCUAAUUUAUUAUAAUGACUGGAUGAGCUCUAAGGUCUUUUCUAUCUCCUGUGAGGUGCCUGUUAAUUAUCUUACUGCUAAGAAAAUUCAGAGACCUCAGGUCAGUGACUUGCUCAAGUUCCCACAAUAGGUUAAGUGGCGGAGCCAAGACUGGGACAGAGAAAUGUUCACUUUCAGGUUUAUUCUCUGUCACUAGACUAGCGUAAAUCGACGAGAAUGGAGUAGCAGCUAUAGUGCACCAGAUUGAUCCUAGUUUAGGGGGUUACCCAACUCAAAUGAGGACCACCGAGUACUUGCAUGGGAGCUCAGGAAAUGAGACCCUCUUGUUAUUCACUCAGCCAGCAACAUCUAAGAGAUUAAGGGAAGAGGUUCUAGCAAGGGUAUGGGGAGAGCUGGAAACUCUUUAUGGGGUGCCCUGGAAGAAGAGACUAGUGGCUUUAGAGCUGGGGCUCCCCGGAAUACGAUAGAAAUAUCCUCGUCUCUUCAUCUUCCCUAUGCAAACCAGCUAUGGAUUCACUGCCACCCCCAAGGAGGACCGCAAGGGGGGGGGGUGUUGGAGGAGGUUGGGGGAAACGUGUGGAGGGAGGCGUUUGUUCCGGGAGGGAUUUAGGCGGCGCUUUCGCUUCUAAUCUGCUUCGAGAACAUCUGCCGCCGCUCCAUUUGUCGGUGACAUCUUGCUAUGGUGGAAAGGUUUGGAGGACUGGCUGCUGCGGGCAUCCGCCGCUGGUACCAUCCACUUCGCUCUGCCUUUGGCCUAAGGGGCUAAGCUCGAGUCGCAGGAAGGGAGAAGAUCCAGGAAGGUUCGGGUGGAGAAGGUGGACUAAGAGGGCUAGGAAGCAGCUGCCGCGAAGAGUUCACCUUGGAAUAAAGCUGACGAAGAGGAAGAGGAGGGAGGAGGCGGAAAAGGAAAAAGGAAAGCCGCGGUCCGGGCCGGCCUGCCCUGCCCCGCCCCGCCGGCUUGGGUCGGGCCAGGACCAUGCAUUCCGGGAGCAAGGUGAAGAGCGAAUAUAUGAAGCGCUACAAAGAUCCCAAGUGGGACACGUGGGGCUCGUGCUACCGGGAGCUGCUGCACUAUCGCCUGAGCCGGCGGCUGCUGGAGCAGACGCACAACCCCUGGUUAUGGGACGGCUGGGGACCGUCUACCAACUCGGACGAUUCUUCGUCUUCCGGGGGUGGCGGGGCCUCCUCGCCCCUGUGUCCCCCUGGAGCUUCGGCCUUGUCUCCACCUCCGUCCCCACCCAAGUCCCUAAGAGAGGGAGCGGAGCCGGGAGUGGAGGAUAAGGGGUCCGAGGUCUCUGAAGACGAAGACGCUGCCAGCCUCCCAGAAACACCUGGGAAAGAUAUACAAGAAAAAAAUAAACAGCAGAGGGAAGCAAAAGAACAACAGAGAGAAGUGAAAGAUAAGUUACUGGAUACUACUGAGCAUCCUCAACAACGUGCCUUGCUUGCUAAAGCAGAUAAGAAACCAGCUAAAAGUCCUCAAAGACCCAGUAAAACAAAAGAAAUCAAACAUCCAUUUGCUCUUUAUGGCUGGGGAGAAAGACAGACAGAUACUGGGAGCCAAAAAACACAUAAUGUAUGUGCUUCCGCUUCGGCCCAACAGAUUCAUGAGUCAGCAUUACGAGCCAAGAAUAGAAGACAAGUGGAAAAAAGGAAACUGGUCACUCUGAGGCAGAGAGCCUCUUCUGCAGAUGUUCAGAAACCCAGAAGGAUCAAGCCUUCCUCUGCAGAUAAUCCAUGGAUGACAGAGUACAUGAGAUGCUACUCAGCAAGAGCUUGAUGAAAGAAAAAUGUGCUUAGAUAACCUCAUUAAAAACAACAGGACAUUGGUUUAGGAAACCAAAUGGUUAUAUAAGGGUUUGUUUAGGGAGUUUCCAAAAGAGUGCUUUUUAAAUAUAUUCUGGUAACCUACCUCUGUAGUAGGGGCAGAUACAGAUAGUUGAAGCAAUAGACAUUGGAAAUUAUUCAUGAUGAUAAUUCCCUAAGUCUUUGGUAUUCUUGAAUUUUUUGAAGCAUCUUAAUCUUUGGAGAAAAUGACACCAAAUGACUUUUAAGUGACAACUUUUAUAAGAUGCUUAAUAAUCAAUAUUUCAUAAUCAUAGAUGCAGUCCCAUUUUUUUGUCUCUUGAAAUUAGCAAACCCUGUAGAAAGUAAGAUGGUUCCAUUUUGUACCUAAAUUUUUUUCAAUUAUGUGAAAUUUUACCAAGUGGAAGAAUAGCAAAAGAGAAGUCAUUUCUGAUAGCCAUUCUUCUAAUCCCUACCAAUUUGGGAAUGAAUUCUGGUAAAAGUUAAAUUUACUCAGUUUCUUUAAAAUCCAUUUCAUGAGAAACAUUUACAAUUUUUCUAGGGAUGAAUUUCACUUUUUCUCCUGGCUGGUCUGGGGACUUACUAUUUAAUAAUCCAAGUACAUUCCAAUUGAGAGAGAUCCAUGCAAUAAAUAUUUUUAGGGUAAGACUGACGUUUCUUUUGAAUCAAAGACUGUCACAAGUUUUCUACUGUGGAACUUUUCCUCUCAGAGCAUAUUCCAAGUGACUUAGACUUGCUGGUCCUAUUUAAUUAUGUAUUUUGUCAUUUUGUAAUGUACCAGUUGGUUUUUAAGAUUAAAUGAGCUUCAGAGCAGUAAAUUUUAGAAUUUGUACUCAAACUUAGAAUUAAUUUGUAAGUAUUGAGGUUCUAGGACUUACCAGGUAUGGCAGACAUCAGUGGAAUGGUGGUCUCAUUUUCACUUGUCAUUGCUUUUUUUCCCCAGAAUUAAUUUACAAAGCAAAUCUUGGCUUUAUGCAGUGUUCAGCAGACUUCCUAAUUCACUGGCAUUCCUUAUUUGAUAUUAUUAUGGCAGGACAUAGUCUCAGGGAAUGAAUGAAUGUUUCCCUAAUUUGUUUUAAGAAUUAUGGGGCAAUUAUCUUUCCUUUGGGCUCGAAAAUGUCCUUACCAUGGUUUCCAGCUGAGUCUGUAACUUUAUUUUCUCCAUUAUUUAGGGAUGGGGAUUUAAUUGUGGAAUCUUAUUCUAAAGAUCUUUAAGAGAAAAAGGGAAAUCUUGCAUAUGUAACUCUAGCAACUAUUGGAACAAAAAUUAUGUGUUAUUAUAACAGGUGCUUUUGCAUUUCCAAGUUUUUAUUUUUAGUUUGUGGAAAGAAUUGUAGUGUAUAUAUCCACUCUUCAUACUACUUUUAUACCCCCUCCUCAUUUGGAUUUUAAGUAUAUUCUACUUGUUUAAUUAUAAAUGUUAAGCUUGAAAACUGAUUUCUUAAAUAGUAAUAGCCUUUCUAUUUAACUGUGAUUUUUGAUUUAACCUUUAUAUGGUUUUUAAGUUUAUUCUUUUGUUCAAAAGCUGUCUGUGCUAGUCAUUGAACCGUUAACCCACGUGAGUUAAAUGAAAUAUCUUUAUUCCAUAUAUCAUCACCAAAAGCAAAUCACCAAUGCAUGCUACCACUUCUAGUGAUAAUCCUUUAAAGUCAUCAUUAGUUAAGCUGUAGACACAGGAAGUACCAUAUGAAUGUUGGCAGAAUGAUAGUUAUAAAAAUGGAUACAAAAUUCAGUGUUCCAGACAAAUUCUCACCUUGUUAGAUUUUUUUCAUAUUGCAGCUGACAAUCAGAAAGUUGCACUGUGAAAUAAGGUAGGUUUUAAAUGUCUAUACUUAUAAUGUCUAAAAUAGCCUUAGAAAAUUUCUUUUCAAUUCAAUAUUUUUAAAAAGCCAAUCUUUUUCUAGAUUAGAAAACUUGCAUGUAACUAACUUGCCACUGAAAAUCCAUAUAACCUCAAAGAAAGCUAAAGGCUGAAAAUGAUCAAAAUAAUUUUGUUUAAAAACAACCAGAAGUAUAACAUAAAUAAGAUUUUAAUCCUAUUUCUAAUAUGUACUGAUAAUUUGCAUCGAUUUCUUUAAAAGUGACUGUGAUAAUCUUGUCAAUUAUUUUUAAAGUUGAGGACACUGAUUCAAUCCUCCUUUUAUAAGAUUAUAACUUAUGAAACUUCUUAGGCUGUGAAACAGUUCUGUGAUCACUUAAUUUUUUUUCCUUUCUUGUGAGCAUAUAUAAUUUCUCAUAAUGCUGUUACAAGUUGUCUGUGAUAACUUAUUAGAAAAUAAGGUGUAGUAUAAAUUAUUUAUAAUGAAGUCUGAGACUGAGAAUGUGAUCUUUUAAAAUCUAGACUGAAAAGGCAUUUAAAAUGAUGAAAUGUGGCUGAGAUUUUCCUUCUCCAAUUUUAGCUUUAAUAUCAUAGUUAAAAUCAUGAAUAUGAUCCUUUUGUCAAGCUCCUUUUUCCUUCACCUUCAAAGUAGUAACAGAAUUUUCAAAGUUGGCAGCUGUUUGUGUAAAUAAAAAUGACUAUUUCCUUCUUUCCAUGUUCCUUAACACUUAUUUAAAAGAACAACUCAGUAACAUAUUAAAAACAAUAGGAACAAACCUCUCAUUUAGUUGGUUGUGCUUCUGGUUCUUUCUAGAAAUGUUUGUGUACUAUUUUCCUUAAUGAUUUUAUUUUUCUUAUUCAGUAUUGAUGAAAUGAAAUUUGAUGCCCUUUUAAAAAUGAAAAUAAUGAAUAGAAGACUCAAAUCAGGUUUAUAACUUGCUUAAAGGUAGAAUUAAGGACUUUGGAUACUCCAUAUUGAAUCUAUUUAGAUUAUAUGUGCUUGGGUUAGAUUCAAAAUCAGUUGCACAAACUGGAAGGGAGAUAGUAGUAGAGUGUCUUUGCACUGGGGCUCCUUUCCUGUCAUGGACAGCUAAGUAAUGUCAAGGAAAGGUUUGAAGUGAUAGCCUGGCUACUGCAAAUUAUGACUUCUUUACAAAUGUUAUUAUUUAUUAUUUGAUUUCUUACUAUGUUAUUUCCUUUCAACUUCUGAGCUAAACCAAUUCAAACUCUUGGAUAGCGAAGAACAAAAAUUUCUAGUGAAGUGUUGUGAUACAGUCAUAUUUAUAAAUACCCAAAGUGUUAAUGGACAAAUAUAGAGACACACAAAGUACAUAUCAGAAGUGAAAAUCUUGUUUAGUUGAAUAUUUCAGUGAAAAAUAAAGUUUUUACACUUUAUUAGAUUUAACACCACACAGAGUGAGAUAAGUGUGUUUACAUAACUUAAAUCUCUAGUUUGCUUGGUAUCAUACUGCCAAUCUUAUGUGACCUGUAUAAAGACACUGUUACAAUUUGUCUCUGGUACCAGAUAAACUCUGUAGAAGAAAUGAGCAUGCUUGCUUCAAACUUGUGCUUUUGAAAAUUGCUUUAUUUGUUCUUAAAAUGCCACAAGAUGGGACAUUUAAAUGCAUGAUUAUGCUCAAUAUUAAACUAUAUAUGGGUAGUACCCUAUCUAGAUUUAAGACCAACCACUUGACACUUGAAGAGGAAUGUAGGCAGUUUUUGAUUCCAAAUUAUAAUUUUUCCAUAAUCUAUACAUCUUGGAAUUUGUUCAAGAAAUGAAAACAUUCUAAGUCCCAAUACUCUUUCUAGGAAAGAAAAAAGAAAUGCUUCUACAUACUUAAACAAGAGGCCUUUUGAAUGAUAAUUUUAUUAUUGGUAAUAGUGACAAAAAGCUCUUAACUAUUUUAAGGGCAUUCAAAUAAUAUUUAUGAGCAUAAUUUCCCAUUUCAAUUUCAGUAGGCCAUGCAUCAGAUGUGGUCUUUUAAUGAACAAAACCAGGGUUGGGGAAAAUUGCCAAAUGUUGAUGUAUACAUUUAUUUUAGCACUGCAUUCACUUUAAAUUUUAAGAAGUAUAGGCUAGACAUGGUUCUGGCAAUGUGAAUUUCAGGUUUUACUUUUAUAAGAGAAUAGUAUGUAUAGUAUGUAUUGUUUUUAGCUUCUCCAAUGUUGUAUUUACUUGUAUAAAUGUGAAUAAAAUACUACAGGUAAAGAAAUUAUAA